UUUUGGCGGUAACUCCGCCCACCCGUUAUAAGGCCCCUGCCUUCCCGCUCUUUCCCCAGUUCCUUUUUUCCGCCGCGCUAGCUGCUUCUAGGAACUUUCGCUUGCUUAUCGGAAUCACUCUCGUUUUUUGACCUUCGGACUGCUUUGACCAUUCUUGCUCUCCCGCCCCUGGUAACUCCUGAAUUUGGACUGUCUGACUUCGCCUUUGGAUCUUGCCUCAUCUUGUAGGAUGUCUCCUCCGUUCAAGAAAUGCGACAUCUGUAGCGGUAAGGUUCCUGUUCAGGACCCCCAUUCCUCUUGCCUCUUCUGUUUGGGUAAGGAUCAUGACCCCAGGGUUUGCAGCCUCUGUAAGUCCAUGUCCUCCCAAGCCCGCAAGAAUCGGGAGUCGCGGCUGACGUCNGCCAUUGCCCAGGGCAAGAUUAGGGAAGGGGACCCUCGCCCGGCGUCAGCUCCUUCGGCCUCUGCUCCGGCUCUCCAGGCUCGUAGCGGCCCUUCCAGCGCCCCUCCUUCGACUUCUAUGGGUCAAGACGUGGGGAAGACCGACUCUUCUCGUCCGCCGGCUCGUGGUGCCGCUUCGAAAGCCCCGAAACAUUCCCGCACAUCGGGAUCAAUCGGGCAGGACACGGCCACAGGCCGUAGAGAGGGAGCCCCUUCCGAGUCAUCGGGGACGUCCCGGGCGGCUCCAGACAAGAAGAGGUCCAAGUCCAAGUCUGGAUCGGACGCCGCUCCGAGGAGCACCGCCUCCGGGGAACCCUCGGCAUCGAGGGGUUCCACUGCCGCCACCGAAGAUCGGGCCGCCACCGAAGAUCGGGCUGGUCGGGCGGCUACCAUCUCGGAGUCCCCAAUCCAGUUCUUCCCGCCGGAUGCGCCUCCUCGUCAUAAGUCGGCCAAGAAGAGGCAGUCAUCGGCUCCAGAGGCGACUGCGUCCUCUUCGGCUAAGAAGCCCAAGCCGACUCCUGACAUCUCACCUUCGAAGAGGCGUGCGGACGACGCUUCCCGCUCCCGUAAACCACACCGGGAGUCCCGCCGUGACCGCUCGCGCUCCGGUUCCCCGGGACGGGUCGACCCUCUGGCUACCCCUCGGGUGGAGAAUCGGCCAUCUACCGUAGACCUUCACCAUUCCCCGGCUGAGGGCCGUGUUCGAGACACCGCUGCCCAGACUGUGCCAACCCAGACUCAGUCGGCGACGACGCUUCCGUUCCUCCUGUCGGACGACGAGGAGGUAGAGGAUCAGCCACCGAGGUCUCCUUCUCCGGUGUCUCUGGCUCCACGCUCUCCGACACACCCGCAAUAUUACUACGACUCGGAGACGGACCAGUUUUUUCUCCUGGUGCCAAAGGAGGUGGUUCUCUCCAAACCUUCCCGAGGUCGGGACCGUCCUCGGGAUUUGGACCAGCCGCGGGCCCAGGGUUACACUCAUCGCGAAUCCCUCGACCGACCAGGCCCAUCAUCAUCGGCUCCAUCUCGACGUGUGGACGGACCUGUUGAGCGCCCUAGACCGUAUGCUGCGGUGGACUUGCCAGUGUCUGAUUCCGAUCCCGAACCUGCGGAUUCGGAAUACUCCUCAGGGGAUGAUGAUCCAGCACAGAACUCUCCACAGCUUUUACACCAUCCGGAGGCAGCCUCUCCUACGGAUGACGUUAGGUCGUUCCUUGAGCAUGUCAUUAAGAUGUCCAGGGCUCUGGACAUCGACCUCCAGUAUCCCGAGGAGGAAGCUAGAGACCCCCUCGAACGCAGGGUCCGCAGCAGGGCUCAUUCAACGCCCCUGGUCCCCUUUAUGCCAUCCCUGGAAGCCUUGGUCAGACGCUCGUGGGACUGCCCUUCUUCCCUGGUAGGGCCACCUCGCAAGAUCGAGUCUUUAUACAAGGUUUCGGCCCCAACUGCUCCGUGGUUGACUUCCCACCCUCGGCAAAAUUCUGCUAUUGUCGAGGGUGCUCAGCAAACGUCAACCCAGCGACAAGCGGCUGUGCCAUUCGACAAGGAGGCCAAGAAAGUGGAUGCUUUGGCCAGGAAGGCUUACGCAGCUGCAGCCCUGGCGGUGAAGGCAACCAAUUAUACAGCCUGUAUGGGUGCCUAUAUUCAGACUCUUAUGGAAGGAAUCUCCCCCAUCAUGCCCGACGUCCCUGAUGAGGCCCAGCGGACCCUGACGGAGAUUAGAGAUGAAGCCCAUUCCAUCGGCGCGUGGCUCAUCACCGCAUCCAGGAACGUGGUGGAGUGUUCAGGCAGGGCCAUGGCGGCUUCCAUCGCCCUAAGAAGGCACGCUUGGCUGCGGGGUUCGGACCUCAACUCCAACGUUCGGUCCACUAUAGAAGACAUGCCGAUUGAUGACUUGGGCCUCUUCCACGCCGAGACAGACGACAAGCUGAACCGAAAGUUCAGGCUGAAGGCGGCGGCGAGGAAACAUGGUAUGUCUGCCCCCGCCUCGGCUCCCCUCCGUAAGAGGUUUCGCCCCUGGCAACAACAGCAGGGCCAAUUUAACAGGUCUUCCUAUCAGGACCGUCAAUUCCAGCAGCAGGGGUCCCAGCGCCAGAGGUACCCGUCGCAAUCCCCAUCUUCCUCUGGCCGUCGAAACCAGUCUUCUCGGUACCGGAGGAACCGAAGACAAGACCCUGACCAGUCCAAAAAGAGGGCAUGAAGCCUUCCCGCGCACUUCGCCUCCCCUGCUACCUUUUUGGACAUUCUUAAGCCCUUUAUCAACACUUGGGCUUCCAUUUCCUCCGACUCUUGGGUACUAAACAUCGUCCGCAGGGGCUAUACCCUCGAGUUUGAAGAGCUCCCGCCCACCGGAGCUUUCAUUUCCACCCCACCCUCGGACACCCUUCUCGACGAAGUGCGCACCUUGUUGGACAAGGGGGCUAUUUCCCCACUAUUCCCGGGCUCCUUCCAUACGGCCUUUUUUUCCAGAUACUUCACGGUACCUAAGACCGACGGGGGCAUUAGACCAAUCCUGGAUUUAAGGGACUUAAACCUUUUCCUCCAGUAUCGCAGGUUCCGUAUGGUAACCCUAGCCUCUAUUUUGCCUCUCC